UUCGUUGCGAGUCAGUCGCGUUCAGACGUUGAUAAACAAAAGUUGAGUUUACUCGUGAACUGAGUUGAAAAUCUUUGCUACAUCAUAACAAAUUUGUUAGUGCUGCUAUGUUAUUACAGUGUGAGGCGUGAAACGUUGCUCUAAGGAUCUUUAUAAUUUGAAACGUGUAGCUGUAACCACAUCGGUUGGUCCGGUAGAUCGUUUAAAGUCGAAUCGAUAACACGUGCUUAUCGGUUUUAUGCGGAAGUCGUGUUUAACGCUGCGAUGAUUUGAGCAGAAAUAGGCCUGGCCUGUUCUGAGGUUUUGUUUCGAAAGUAUCUCGUUUUACUUCAUCCAAUCAGGUUGGCACGAUUUUGAAUCAAAUUUGAUUAGCGAAUGAGUGCUGAUUUGUAAAGGAGCACAAAGGAAGAAACGUGGAACUGGUGGUGGCGGUGAACGAGCCGAUUUAAAGAGCAAUGGCUGCCACAGUUGAAGCGUUCAGGCGCUGAGUGGUCGAUUGUGUGCUAAUUUGUGCGACCGAUAAGCAAACGGUCAGUUUAUCUUAUCAGCAAGACACUUUGUAUGUGAAAGUGUGCGAAAAAACCAAUCGACGAGAUGUGAUUAAUUUGUUGUUGUUUUGAAAUAUUUUAGAGCUCGGUCAUGUGAAAAGAAAAAAGCUCACAGUGAAACGGUGUCGCGACAGAACAAGACGAGAUAUUUCAAAAAUAGAUUACAAAGUAAACGCGGAAAUUGUUGAGCGAACCUUCGCAAAAAGUUGAGGUCGUGAAAAAAGUAUAACAAGUGAAUGAACCUAUACCUAUUGCCAAUAAAAAAACAUUUUUAGUAUACACGCAGAAGCUGAAAAGAAAAAUACCAACAGAGGUGACUACGGCAAUACUAAGAACAAAAUAAUAAGACGACGAGGAGGCAUCAUCCUCAUUUGAUAGACCAGAUAGACAAACAGCCACGCUUGGUUGUGUGCUGUUCUUGGAGCGUUGCGGCAAGUGGAUAAUCACAGUCCCCAAAACUGCUAGGUUAUUGGAAGUGGUUUACACAAAUCCGGAUAUGAGUGGUGUCGGGGACGGUCAAGGCACCACCAACGGCGGCAGAAUCCGCUUGUCCAGCAUUCCGGAGUUCUACGAUCAGUCCAGCGUAAGCAGUUUCAACACCAUUAAACUCGAAUCGGCUUCACCCAGUCCGUCCCUUAGCACUACCUCGAUGAUGGAUGCAUUGAGUAGCAACCCUAUCCUGACCACAGCUUCAGUGCCGAUUCCGUCUCGUAACGCCAAUCAGAGGGCGUUAGUUUCCGAUCUGUCCGAAUACGUCUUCGAUAUUGAACAAUCUCAGUCUCCACAACUUCUGCAGGAUAUCAGCUUUGUGACAUCGAGUAACAGCUCCGGCUUGCAUACGUCCACGCCAGUGGAUACUAUUUUCACCUUGCAAAAUAUUUCCGAAAGUGGAUUUUUGAGUGACGGAUUUCAAAUCGGUGCAAUGAACGUGAGCGGUUUCGGUCCAACCGAAAUGUGGACAACCGAUUCAUUCGGGCAAAUUGUAUCGCCAUCAUCAACUGUAUCCUCCGUGACCAACGUCGGAGGCCACGCGGGACAAUUCCAUAUGGAUGAAGACGACAUAUAUCAACUGGAGAAGGAUGAGCUAAUAAGUGGCCCUACAUUGGGAGACAUUUUUGCUACAGAUCUACUGAACGAAGAUUUCAUGAUGUUAAAUCCGUCACUCAAUAAUCCAUCUCCCAAUCUCAGUGGCGAUAGUGGAAGUGGAAGUGCCAUUCAUUUAUCGCCUAGUCUUCCACAGCAAAUUCUACGUUCCACUACAAAUGCAAGCACGAAUAAUAAUAUGAUUAUGACACUGGGGAACAAUAUGCAGCUAUCGAAUGAUUUAUUGCUAUCAACUACCUGCGAUAUCUACGAUGAUCCUAUUCAAGUAUCCACUUCUCCGUACACAACCAACAACAUAAAUUCGCCCGCUGCUUUCUCGCCCGAUAGUCACAGCUCCAGUCCAUCGUUGGGUUUCUCUCAAACAAAUACCCCUCCACCGCAGAACCAUAUGCAUCAGCAGCUACAAAUGAAUGUCCUAAAUAAUAAUCGCAUGAUCAAAGUCGAAAGCCCAGAGCAAAUAAAAACUCAAAAUGCAACCAACAACAAUCUGAGCCGAAGCCCGGGCAAUGUGGCACAAGUCCAGUACAAUCCAAAGUAUUCCACUUUGCAACAGUUGUUGAUGAGCAACACCUCCGAUCGAAAUGGAAUGAUUCUGGGCCAAUCCGUGCCAGGGAAUACGUCCUCUAUAUUAAUGAACGGAACGUCGCUCAGUCCGGGAGGAUUCAGUGGGCGACGCAUGUUACACCAUAGGCAUGCCCAAAUCGAUCCGAACAAUGCAAGCAUUACAACAGUUGGAGCCACCAGUGGCGGAACUAUGUCCAGACUAUCAUCUUCGGCACCGACACACAUCGGUGUUGACUUGAUGAUGUGGCAGCGACGAGAACCAAGGCCGCAUUUACUUUCAACGGGCAGUUUGGUCGAAGCCGGAUCGACAUCUUCGCUCAGCACCGGUAGCGUUCUGAGUCCAGAGGCACCAGAUUUCUCACAUGAUGAAGGAUAUUCCGACGAUAGCGAUCAUUACGAGGAUUACUCGAGUCACGAUGAAGACUCCGACACUGAGGACGCCGGUAGAGCGUCCGGCGGAACGCCAUCGAGUUCCAAGGCCAAGCGGUACUUCUGGCAGUACAACGUUCAAGCCAAGGGUCCGAAGGGUCAGCGACUGGUGAUCAAGACACAAACAGAGGAUCCGCACGUACUGAAUGAGGUGACCGAUCCAGUCUUCAGCCCGAAUUGCUCGGUUCGCGGGAUCAAGAACCUUCGUUUACAGCACAGUGGAAAGGCUCGCAAGGGUGAUGGUAACGAUCUGACGCCUAAUCCGAAAAAGCUGCACAGUAUCGGAAAGGAACUGGAUAAACUUGGCCGUGUUAUCAAUGAUAUGACCCCAGUCAGCGAGCUUCCGUUCAAUGCGCGGCCUAAGACGCGUAAGGAGAAAAACAAACUAGCUUCCAGAGCCUGCCGUUUGAAGAAAAAAGCCCAGCAUGAGGCGAAUAAGAUCAAGCUUUACGGUCUGGAAACGGAGCACAAGCGUCUGAUUAAUGGCAUCAACCAGAUGAAAUUAAUCCUGGUUAACAAAUGCAGUCAAAAUCCUGGCGGUGAAUCUUCGGAUGAGUUGAAACAAACGCUCGAUGGACUUGUCAAAGUUGCCACGAAAAUCAAAAUUGCUGGAAAUUCAACAGAGUUUGUGAACAAAAUUUUGGAGAACGUUAAGGCCGGCAACAAUAUUCCCAUUGAUAAAGUGCUGGAGGAUUUUUAGGAACGAGCGAGUCUAGAUGAGAAGCAUGGGUAUACAAUCCAAGCCAGAAGUAUCACCAACGGAAACGAUUUGAAUGAUGAGACUGUAAGAUAAUACUAGACUCUAAGGAACGAAAGGAUCAUUUAUAUCUUUUAAUUAUGCUAUAUAUAUGAAGUACAGUAAUCAGUCAUACACAAAGAAAAGUGCACAUCGGAUACUAUUUACCCUAUUUUUGUAUGUACACAAUCGAGCACAACAAAUACAACGGCCAUCAAUUGUGAUUAUUGGAACACUACUUAGGAAGCAAGCCACGGUGGCGGCUGAAUGAUAUCAGGGAGUGAGAAUAUAUUUUUCCAGUAGUGAUCUUUCAUGACUAAUGGGAGGGCCAGUGAAACUGACCCUGUAAAGAAAAUCGGUGAUAUCUGAUUGCGGUUCAACCGAGUGAUAAAGCAAGUAACGGGAUGGUUGGUAGAAAUAAACCCAGAGCUCUGCCCUGUGUCGGUUUGAGGAAGAGAAAGUAAUGCGAGUUAAGCGGUAGGCGAACAGUGCUCCUUACGAUUUGUUGAGAUUAAAUGCUCGAAAAUUCUUAACGUUUAACACUAUAAUCAACUGCUUUGGUUGGAUGCUCGCCAAGAUGCUAGAUUUAAAUCUAGUGCACGUUUUUAGAUUUCAAUGUAGCAGCUCGGGGGAUAGCAUUGCUAGAGAAAGAAAAUAAUAAAGAAUGUAACUGAUGAUAACUUAUGUACCUUAUAUAUUCAUAUGAUUAACUAUCCUUUAAGCUCGUUUGUACGAUUAUCGCGAAUAAGAGAAUUUAUUACGAGUGGUUGCAUUAAGAAAAACAAUGGUAAUAGUGUUGCAAAUGUUUCAGAGCUGGCGAAAUUUUAUUCUACAACCAUAUUGUCUAUAUUGAUUAGUUUCGACCUCCUUGUUGCACAUUGGGGCAUAGCUUGUAAUGACCAAUGCGAGUAUAUUUCUAGAUUUGAAAUAGGUUAGCCAUUUCUUAUUUCAUUUACUUCGGAAAGGUGAAAAUGAUGUGUUUUGUUCUGUAAAUUACAGAGAGUUAAUAAUAGAGUGUUAACCAUAUUUCUCAAACGGAACGUAGGAAAGACGAUGGAAUGUUUUCACUUUUUUGAAAAUAGCUGCUCUCUCUCUGGACGGUGUGGGAAUGUUUCAGUAGCAGUGAUGCCGACUUCCAGGUACUCAAAUGUGUGAGAAAUUUUGGUAUUGUCCAGCAAUUGACUAGACGCGAUAUUCGAUGGCAAUUACCCUCAGUUCAAAGUGUGCAUUUAUGAAUAUCAUACCACUGAAACAUUUUCCUUACCCCGGAGAGUUGACACAAUGGUUACAUUUUAAGUUAUGUUCAAGUUUUCCAUUUUGUAUUUUUUAGUUUGUUCUAAUUAAACAACAUCUGUGAUUACCUUUGUUAGUGAGUGUCUUUUUGGUUUUUCUUUUUAUAGCGGUAGGAGUUAGUUCUAUAUAAGGUUUGCAUACUUGUUAAGAGUGUAGGAUUAUGGAAUUUAAAAUCGCUUUCAUUGGCGCUAUUGGACAAGUGAAGAUUUGAGAAAAAUAGGAUAUUGUACUGUUCCUUACAAAUAUGAGUAUGGCUUGGAAUACAACACUGUCACGGCAUAGGCUAUAUGUUCAUCUUUAUCCUUUGUUCACGGAGCUGGGCUCAAUUAUGAUCAAAACCCGCAUUUCAUUGUGUUUUAAAAGAUUGUUUAUGUAUUCGCAGAACCUAACUAAUAGGAGGGAUAUUCAUUUCUUAAUUUAAACUACAAACGCCAAAACAGAUUCGAACAGAUACAGCGAAGGGAACAUUUUGCAAAGAUUGAAUGUAGAAUUAUGGCAGGAACCUUAGCGUAUAUCAUAUGUAGGUACCUGUAGGACAAAACAGCUACAAAACAGAUAUUUAGGAAUCUACAAUUAGAAUUAGAGUACACUGGAAAAAUCAUCUGGUCAAAACCACUACCUCAAACAAAUUGACAAACUCUAUCGAUAGCACCGAAAGUAUGUACCAAACAUAUAUAACGAAACUAAAUACUGGAAGUAUAGUUUUGACCAAACCGAACGAAGCAGUAAUGAUCGGUACCGAAAAACAGAGUUAGUCAGAUGCCAUAAGCUCCAAAAACGAAACAAAACACAAAUAGGUAUGUCGUUGUGAACGCAUUAUGAAAAGACUCGGAGUGUCGCCACCAUUAAAUGAUUCCCCAAAUGGGGUGUACACAUUUUUACUCAAGAUACAAAUUUGAAAUUUUGAAAAAAAAAUCCAAACCUGAGUAACUUCAUUCACUUCAUUGGACAUAUACUUGUCAGUAGAUUUUAGCAUAAUACAGCUAAUAUUCUGAGACAAAAGCUUAUAUAUUUCAUAUAAAAUUGUAAUAGCUGUGCUUAUGUUGACUAAGAUGAUAUAAGCAUUCAAAAUAAAAAGCCUAAAAAACCGAAA